CGGGCUGGACCGCGGCGCUGCAUCCGCUGGGUGCUGGGUUCUAAGUCGCUCUGGGUGCGGUUGUCGCGGUCGCCGCUGCCUCUCGACCCAAUGAGCUGCACCAGAAUGAUCCACGUGCUGGACCCGCGUCCCCUGACAAGUUCAGUCAUGCCUGUGGAUGUGGCCAUGAGGAUUUGCUUGGCUCAUUCACCACCUCUGAAGAGUUUCCUGGGGCCUUACAAUGACUUUCAACGAAGAAAUUUUGUGAAUAAACUGAAGCCUUUGAAGCCAUGUCUCAAUGUCAAGCAGGAAGCCAAAUCGCAGAAUGAAUGGAAGCGGCCUCGCGACCAAGCCAAGAAGCGGGUCGUGUUCGCUGACUCCAAGGGGCUCUCACUCACUGCCAUCCACGUCUUCUCCGACCUCCCAGAAGAACCUUCGUGGGACCUGCAGUUUGAUCUCUUGGACCUUAACGAGAUCUCCUCCAGCCUAAAACUUCACGAAGAGAACAACUUGGUCUUCGAUUUCCCCCAGCCUUCAAGCGAUUACUUGAGUUUCCGGGACCGCUUUCAGAAGAACUUCGUCUGCCUAGAGAACUGCUCUCUGCAAGAGCGAGCAGUGACCGGGACAGUCAAAGUGAAAAACGUGAGCUUUGAGAAGAAGGUUCGGGUCCGGAUCACCUUUGACACCUGGAAAAGCUACACAGACGUGGACUGUGUAUACAUGAAGAAUGUUUACAGUAGCUCAGACAGCGACACCUUCUCCUUUGCCGUCGACUUGCCCCGUGCCGUUCCAACCGAGGAGAAGAUCGAGUUUUGCAUUUCCUACCAUGCUAACGGGAGGGUCUUCUGGGACAACAACGAGGGUCAGAAUUACAGAAUCGUCCAUGUGCAGUGGAAACCCGAUGGCGUGCAGACGCAGCUGGCACCCCAAGACUGCUCAUUCCAGCAGGUGCCUCCCAAGACUGAGUUAGAACCCACGGUCUUUGGCAGUCCCAGGCUUGCUAGUGGCCUCUUCCCAGAGUGGCAGAGCUGGGGGAGAGUGGAGAACCUGGCCUCCUAUCGAUGAGUUAGGCAAUCUAUAGACUGGCUUUGUCCGAUCAUACUCCUCAUCCGAUUCUAGGUCUGUAUUGCUCAACAGUAGGAAGUCUUAGCUACUUUCCACGAGUAGAUUUAGGUAUGAGCUGUUGGGGCCUGGCUACGGAAGAUAUAGCCACGUGAGAAUUUAGUGUUGGGGGCCUCUGAGGGUGAUGCCGCCCAGCCCUGUUUGGAAGGAUCGAGUGACAGCCUGGGAACUGGUUUUAAAUAAGCAAUACCUUGUUCCAAAGGUGCAUUUUGACACUUCCCUCUUGGUUCACUAGCUUUCGCUUUGGACAAGGAAAGGUCUGAGGACAGCUGAUGGUGAUGGGACGCUGUGGUGAGGGUGUGAGAAAUGUGAAGGGCUCCGGGCCUCAAGUCAGAGAAGGGGCAGGGGGACUGAUGGUUAACCCUUGGUGGGAGCACAUAAAGUUAACUUGUGUUUCAAGGCGGGUUCUACUGGGUGAGGACACACUUGAGGGGAAAGAGAUCCAUUCUAUGUAUUCUUGCAGAGAAGAAUAAGGGGUGUUGGAUGGUACUGGGGGAAGAUGAACUGUAGUUCUGAAGAAUCAGGAUCUCGAGGGCUAGAGGCGUAGCUCAGUUGGUAGGGCGCUUGCCUAGCAUGUGUGAAGCCCUGGGUUCCAGGCCCAGCACCAUAAAACUGGGGGUGUCAGCACAGGCCUCAAAUCCCAGUACAUUAGGGUAGAGGCAGGAGGAUCAGGAAUUCAAGGUAGUCCUCGGCACAGAGAAAGUUGGAGGCCAGCCUGGGCUGUACGAGACCCUGUCUCAAAGGAAUAGAAAAGGACAAUGAAAAGAUCUUAAGGGAACCCCUUCAGUUUAAACGUGGCCUGUCAGAAACCAUGUUCUGGGGAGUGGCUAAGCAAAUCCAGCUUUGCAUUAGUCUUAAUCUUAUAAGUGACCUUGUGAUCAGGGCAUCAUUCUUGGGUUCUUGGUACAGAAUAGUGUAAUGCCACCGGCAUGUAGGGACUCCACGUCAUGUCAGAGGCAGCUCUUUCAGUGCCUUGAUUAACCCAGAACACCGUAGCUGCUUCAACCGGUUACCUGCAUGGCCAUCUGAAAACUCACGCAUUUUUUUGGCCUUAUUUGAAGGUCCGUUCGCUGGCGUUCUCCUGAGAUAGCGUUGCAUCGUCAGGAGUGCUGUCAGGGUCCACAACUCACAUCCUUCAUAUUGAAGGUGACUCAUCUCUCUGCCACACUUUUUCGAUGUGAUGUCUGAAGGGGGGGGGGGGCGCUGACUGACAUGAGAGUCUCGAUGCAAGAAUUCAGCACCUUGCACAUGAAAGUAUCCGUCUAUCUCAUGCCUACCCUGGUCUUGCUGUUUUAAUUUCAAGUCAAAAUGAUUUUUUUUUUUUAAAACGUUGAUAUGAAUUACUCCGAUGUGAACUGUUUCUGUGUGCGCGCAUAAAUCCGCCUUGUGGGAUCUCAGGUGACUGUCAGGUGGCCUGGGAUGUUUGCUGGUUUCAUUGUGCGUGUCCUUUGAGGGGUGUUAGAGUGCAGUGGCUUGUAAGAUAUGUGAUCUGCCACGCUGGAAAAACUCUCCUCUGACAGUACUUGAGGUUUGGCUAGCAUCCACGAGUUCUCUGCUGUAAAUAUCUACGCUGUCCCCAUGAGGCUCUCACUUUAAUAAAUGUGCUUGGUAGAAGGUC